UUACAUUCUCAACAUGACCAGGAGCGCCUUUGUGUACCAGUCUAUGCGUAUGUUGUGCGCUACUCCGGACUUUGGGGCCCAGCUGUUCGAACUCCUCACCCCUUUGGACCUAAGCGCCUUGCUAUAUGCGUUCAAUAUCCCUACCACCAAGAAGCAGUCCCGGAGAUAUAUGCAAUUCUGGAGGCAAAUAUUUACAGACAAAGGCUGGAUGCUAUGGAUACUCUCGCACGGGUUCAAGGUAUCCUUUGUGGGCAACGACCUAAUAACGAUGAUGAAUUGGGUUAGAAACCCAGGACUGAUGAACGCUGGGAGGAGAAAGCUGUACUUGGACCUGAACUUGGUCAGCUGCGUUGCGUCAUGGAAGUACGCGCUCCUGUCUGAUAAGAACUUCGAGUACGUUGUCAAGGAGAAGAACAAGCACUUUAAUGAAUUUGCGAGGAACGACAACUUCAAUCAGGCAUUGCAGUCAGGGAUCGACGCCAGGUACUCCGAGCUCAUUAUGGGCAAAGACCUCUCCGAAGACCGUACUAUGCCCUUCGCCUGGCUCGACCUCACGGUUAUUAGCACAAUCAAGCACGAGGAGUUCAACGAGUCAUACUACGAGUGGACAAAUGUUGAUUCUAGCAUGUCAGUUGGACUGUGGUACGGAGAGAAGAGUAUGCAGAAAUGGCGCUUUCCCCGCAGGUCAGGAAGCUCGGCGGAUAUGGACGCAGGUGUGGUGUUGAAGAUGGACAACGCCUCAAGCAUGAACAUGCCGAUGAACAUCAGCUUGCCAAAGUUCUGGUGUAUCACAAAAGUUGUGAGCAAAAACUCGUUCACCGGCGCGUAACUCUUUCAGCAGCAACGCUUGUUCGAUUGUACGGAGAUGUUCAGAGCGAGAGACCAGUAUCUUAUUGUGUAGAUGAACGAUGAUCACACUUGUGGACACGACUUUUAUGUAUGUAAAGUCCGUCCAAGCGUGCCGGGACGCACGGUGUAACGGAACAGAUUUGCACUUCGG